CAUCGACCUGUCUCUACACUCUCGAUGAUGCCAAGAAAUGGAAUCGGAAACUCGAGCAGUAGCGAAGGUGCACGAAUAGGAAAGUAAGCGGGCCGGAGUUGUGUAGUAGUACUCGGUUCGCAUCAGCUGUGCGUUACUACUUUGGUUCAGUCGCACGGAAGCAUCCGAACGAGUGGUACGUGUUUAGAGGCAAACGUUGGAUAAUAUCUUGGCGAUAUCCAUGGGUUACCGGUUAUUAUAUCAUUCAUUGAGAAAAUCGUUGGAUUGAGUAUUAACGAAGAUGGAAUUACACAGCAGUCCGGCCGUAACGUCGUCGAAAAAAAAUUCCAUUCAUGGAGAUGAGACAACGUUCAAGGAAUCGCUCGGCAAUGGCGGUACUUAUGGAGCAUUCCAAUCAAAGGAUCCAAUCUUAUCGAUGGAAAAGGGAGGAGAAAUGAAAGCUGGAGUCGACGAGCAUGGAAUGACCGUAGAUCAUCCAACUUCGUAUAUUGAGACCAUGAUGCACCUGUUCAAGGGUAACGUCGGUUCCGGUAUUUUCGCAUUAGGCGACGCCUUUAAACAUGCCGGGUUGUUACUGGCACCACCCUUAACCAUCUUCCUCGGAAUUAUUUGCGUUCACGCUCAACACAUUCUCGUACAAUGUAACGAAGAGGUAAAACGUCGUAUAGGUGACUCGAGUAUCCAGCCUGGUUUUGCUGGUACCGUUGAAUUGUGUUUUGCUACGGGACCAUUAGCGCUUCGAAAAUAUUCAGUUUUCAUGCGAAAAAUGGUUAAUUUAUUUUUAUGCGUAACGCAACUCGGAUUCUGCUGCGUGUAUUUCGUUUUUAUUUCGACGAAUAUGCAACAGGUGUUAAGCGCCCACAACGUUAAAAUGAGCGUCCAUCAACACAUGGCGAUCGUCUUGAUACCCAUCAUACUCAGCACGUGGAUAAGAAAUCUGAAAUAUUUGGUACCUGUAACUUCGGUCGCAAAUUUUUUAGUAAUGGCUGGCUAUAUAGCGACGGUCUAUAUUAUGAGUCACGACAUACCGGCGAUUUCUGAGAGGCGGUACGUUGCCGAUUGGCACCAGUUACCCCUCUUCUUCGGUACCGUUAUAUAUUCUUUUGAGGGCAUCACUUUGGUGCUGCCGUUGAAAAAUGAGAUGAAGAAGCCAAGCAACUUCAACAAACCAUUCGGUGUAUUGAACGUAGGUAUGGUCAUCGUGGGUGCCAUGUUCGUAGUAAUGGGUUUCUUGUCCUAUUUAAAGUACGGUGACGAUGUUCAAGGCUCGGUCACUCUAAAUCUCGAAUUAACGGAGGUCUUGCCUCAGUGCAUCAAGCUGGCUAUCUCGUUGAGUAUAUUACUGACCUAUGCUCUGCAAUUCUACGUACCUAUCGCUAUUAUAUGGCCCGGAAUCGUCGAACAAUUCGGUCCCUUUAAAUGGCCAGUAAUCUCAGAAAUCGUCUUCCGAUCUGCUUUGUGUUUUCUUACGUUUGUUUUGGCAGAGGCUAUACCAGAGCUGGGUCUCUUCAUUUCUUUGGUCGGUGCAGUGAGUAGCACGGCACUGGCCCUUCUCUUUCCACCCAUCAUCGAGUUGGUAGUAUGUUGGCAAAAUACCAACUUAAGCCCCUUUAUGGUUAUUAAGGACGUGACGAUCGUACUGAUCGGUUUACUGGGUUUCGCUACGGGAACCUACGAGAGCAUCACAGCGAUCAUCAAAGCAUUCGAUAAAUAGUCAUUCAACAUUGUACAAAGUCACAUUUGUUGUUUCCAUUUUUAUUAGAUUAUUUUAAAAAUAGACGCGCGCGCGAGGUUAACGGACCAUGACAUCCACGUAGGACACGAGUAGAUGUAAUGGACGGCGACGCUUGUCACGAUACAGAAUCAUCAUCAUCAUCAUUAUCAUCAUCAUCAUCAUCAUCAUCAUCAUCAUCAUUAUCAUGAUUAUUAUUAUUAUUAUUAUUAUUAUUAUUAUAUUUAUAUAUAUAUCUAUAAAUAUGUAUUAUAGUUAUAGUAGUAACUAUUUUACGUUGGAAGGAUGGCCAAUGACGAUUGCACAGAGUUUUUACGUAUUGAAUGCAAAUUUUCUCUUUACCCGUUAUAAUUUCGAAUCAAUUUGGAUAAUAUUUUAAUAUCGAUAUAAUUAAUAAAUGAAUGUAAAUGAUUAUUUUUGGAAAUCCAUCGAAAGAAUAACGAAAGGUUUGGUCCAUCCAGCGUUAUGCGCAACUAUCGUAGGUCUAUCAAAGUUUAGUCCCUUUAUGUUGCUUGUGAUAUUGAAAACGAUGCGAAAGCGGAGUUUCAAUCGUAGAUCGAUUAAACAUACAUAGAUAUAUAGGUAAUAUUUAAGGAAGAGAAAAAAAACAAAAAGAAGAAACCGACUGUUUUUGCAAUUAUCGUGAUAUACAUAGUUAGUUUACAUUGCCCGUCCUAAGGACUCUACCCUCCCGCGAUUAAUUAUUAAUUCUAUGUACAUACAUAUACAUAUACAUAUACAUAUACAUAUACAUAUCGAUAUCGUAUCUGGUCCAGGAAGAUCGGAUCUGUAUUAAUAGUAUUGCGUACGAUAAGCGAAGAAAUUUCUAUGUUAGGUCAUAAAAAAGGAACGCCUCUUUACAAACGUUUAAAGUACAACUUUAUAUUAAUUCUAAUUAUAUGCCAUUGCAUAACGAUCGGUUUACAGUCCUUUACAUUUUUUUAUUAUAGAUUUGACACGUGUUUGAAAAAUGACUAUUAAAAUUUUUUAUCAAUUAAAGUCUGACAAAAGUCAAAUGACAUUGCCAAUCUUUCAUUAUACAAUGGCUAAGAAUUAUAUCCUUUAUUCCACGUAUGAAGAACGAUAAAGUGUACUUUUACCUUUUUCUUUUCUUUUUUUCUUCUUUUUUUUUUUUAAAUUAUUGCAAAAUUAUUAAAUCCAUUUUCCGAAGGAUUCUUAUGACACACGAGAUAAGUCAAAGGAUUCGAUUGCUGCCACCUUUCGUGUGUAACUUAAAAGUGCAUUGGGUUGAUUCAAAGAAUAUAUUUAUAAAUAAAAGAAAAAAUCAAAUGAAACGAAACAAAAUGAAACAAAACGAAACAAAACAAAGAGCAAGAAAAGAGACCGACCAUUCUUUUCCUUUUACGUAGGUUACAAAAUAAAAUUAUAAUGUUAAUCUUUUUAUAUAGCAAAUUUGUAAGACAUUAACGUGAUGCGAAAAACAAAAAAUAGGACACUUAAAAAUUAGGGAAAUACGUAUGAAAAUUCUUAUUUGUCUUUUUCUAUAUACAUAUAUACACAUAUAUAUAUUUAUAUAUUUAUGUACCGAUAUAUAUAUAUAUAUAUAUAUAUAUAUGAAUAUCAUUAUUUAUAUAUAUAUAUAUAUACAAAUAUAAUUAUAUAUUUAUAUAUAUACAAAUUAUAACAGCUAAAGAAUUUUCAUUUCUAUGUACAAUUAAUUUUCUCUCUUUUUCUUUCUUUCUUUCUUUCUUUCUUCUUUCACUUUUUCUUUUUCUUUCUCUUUCUCUUUUUCUCUUUCUUUCUUCCUCUUUCUCUCUCUUUCUCUUUUCUAUUAUAAUAUAGCUGGAUAAGUCUUCCUAGAGAUUCUAAUCGCAAUAUCUUUUGACGAAACUUUACAGUUGUAAUUAUAUAUUUGUUGUGAUACUUUAUAUCGGCGCAGUAUUAUAGUCGGCAAAAAAAGAUGAAAACAAAGAAUUUAGCAUGGAAAAAUACUCUCUACUGAUAAGUAUUUUUUUUUACAUACGCCGGAGUACAAAUUCUCUCAGGGAAACGCGUGUGUGUAUAUAUAUAAAUAUAUAUGCAAUGUAUGUACACAUAUCUUUUCCUAUAUACGUAAUCGUAGGAAGAUGUAAUAGAUUUGAAAGUACACCGAUUUCUCUUUCUUCGUUUUUUUUUUCCUUUUGAGAUCUUAUAAAGAUAAUAACAUAAAGAUUGUACAGUAAUGUAAAAAAAUUUCUUCUUUCGAAAGUCAAUGAUUGUAAAAAAAAAAGAAGAAAAGAAUUCAAUCGUCAAUUGAAGAUCGUCAAACUUUAGUACGGAUUUGUUUCUUCGAUAUCGUCAUGUUUACGUCAAAGAUACGAUAGCAUAGAUUAUAAUUAUACAACAUAUGACAAUAAUUGUACACGCGAAAGAUGUUUUGUAUUGGAGACGAGGUAUCUUUCAAGAUGAUUAAAACAAAAUAUUUUUAUCGUAAA